AUGUUCCACUUGAAUAAAGAUGGAUCUCCAGAUUUGACAUUGGCAUCAAAAAGUGAAGAAAUGAUCUGGAAAGUAUUGGUGUUGGAUUCUAAGUCACAGGCAAUUAUUUCUUCUGUAUUGAGAGUGAAUGAUUUAUUAAGAUGUGGAAUUACUGUUCAUUCCUUGAUUAAUUCUAAGAGAUCACCGUUACCUGACGUUUCAGUUAUAUAUUUUGUUGAGCCAACCAUAGAGAACAUAUUAGUGAUCAUAGAUGACUUAUCAGCCGACAAAUAUGAUAAUUUCUAUAUCAAUUUCACAUCAAGUAUAAAUCGAGAGUUAUUGGAAGAGUUUGCCAAAAAGGUAUCGAUUUCAGGCAAAUCUUACAAGAUUAAACAGGUAUUUGAUCAAUAUUUGGACUUCAUAGUAACAGAGCCAAAUUUAUUCUCAUUGGAUUUGCCUGAAGUUUUCACAAAGUUUAACAAUCCAAGUACAAACGAAGAUGACAUUCACAAAUUGGCAGAGAAUAUUGCGAAUGGCUUAUUAGCAUCUAUAAUCACCUUGGAUAGCAUCCCAAUCAUAAGAUGUCAAAGAAAUGGUCCGGCAGAGUUAGUAGCAACUCAAUUGGAUUCAAAAUUAAGAGAUUAUUUAAGUAAUUCAAGAAAUUUGAUGAGUCAAUCAAUUCAACAAAGGCCCGUAUUGAUUAUAUUAGACCGUAACAUUGAUUUAUCGUCCAUGUUUUCACAUUCAUGGAUUUACCAAUGUAUGGUGAGUGAUGUCUUUCACUUGAAAAGAAAUACAAUAAAAUUGACAAAGUUCAACGAUGAUUCUACUUCAGUUACAAAAAACUACGAUAUUGAUCCAAAGGAUUUCUUCUGGGGUAAAAAUUCUCAAUUACCAUUCCCAGAUGUAGUUGAGAAUGCUGAUGUUGAAUUAAAUUUAUAUAAGAAGGAUGCACAAGAAUUAACGAACAGAACUGGUAUAACUUCAUUAAGUGACAUCAACAAUCAAGCUGGCUCUGAUACUGCUCACAUCCAACAAGCAGUGGAUGCAUUACCAGAAUUAACCGCCAGAAAGGCUACUUUGGACAUGCAUAUGGAUGUUUUAGCUACGUUGUUGAAGGAAUUGGAGGCAAAAAGCUUAGACAAAUUUUUCGAAAUCGAACAAAACUACAAUAAUCCGAAGAUUCAAAGCCAAUUCUUAGACAUAUUGAAAGAUAAAUCAAAGAGAGAUAACUCGACCGAUAAAUUGAGAUCAUUCUUAAUAUUAAUUUUGUUGCUAGAUUUACCAGCAAGCUUUAUUAAUGAAUGCAAAGAAAUUUUACAUAAUGAAUAUCCUGAACUUAAUUUGGAUUCGUUCAAGUACAUCCAAAAAUUUAAACAGGUGAUGAAGUUAUCUAAUAUAUCUGCCUUGAAUGAUCAAUCUUCGGGUAAUUCUAGUUUCGAUGCGAAUGCAUCUAAGAACAAUACUGCGUUAUUCAAUGGUUUAUCAUCCAAAUUAUAUGGAUUAACCGAAGGAAGAAUUACUGAAGGUUUAAGUUCCUUGGCAACAGGAUUAAAGAAGCUUUUACCUGAUAAGCAACAAUUGCCAAUUACAAACGCAGUUGAAGCUAUUAUGGAUCCAACCAAUGCUUCAAAUAACUCUAUUCAACUUACUGAUGAUUAUUUGUAUUUGGACUCAAAGUUACGAGGUGGACAUUCUAAACCACCUAAAAGACAAUCAUACCUUGAAGCUCAGGUUUUUGUUGUUGGAGGUGGUAAUUAUUUAGAAUAUCAGAAUCUUCAAGAAUGGUCAAACUCACCUAAUAAACCUACCAAGAAAGUUACUUACGGUAGCACAGAUAUAAUAACCGCAAAUGAAUUUUUAAAAGAGUGCUCAAACUUAGGUAGACUUGAAAAUUAA